AUGUCGAACCUGACCCCACUAUUCCACAAGUACGUGAAUGUCUUCUUAGAAGACCCCGAGGUAGAAAGGUUGGCGGAUAGCCAAGAAUUCAGAAGCCCAGGCAAAAAGUACAUAAUAGAAGACACAUUCAUCAAAGAAUGCCUGGAGCUUAAGAGACACGCCCUAGAACUUCAAAAAGUAAUUGAGUCGAUAAAAGUGUCAUACACCAGCGAAGUCGAGCUCACAGAUCGUGAAAAGGACGAUUUUGAUACAGAAGUUCGGUUACUGGUACAACAAUAUUUCGACAAGCUCAAGUUUUUGGAACAGUACGAACAGAAACGCCAGUCCGUGGUAGCGACAAAGUAUCUGAUCGAUGCUCAAGAAGGUGACUUACUAUCGAUUUUCCGCCACAAAGACGAGAAUCUUUCGUCCUUUCACGUUACAAAUAUCCAGCACAGGAGCGGUGUCUUACAGUCCUUGGGCCUGAUAUUGUCGUCGAUAUUUUCCGAAAUUUCUUUAAUGCAACAACAGCGACUUACAAGACAAAGAGAGUUGGAGUCAAUUGACUUUAAUGCGCAAUUGUACGUACCCAUGGCGACUGUUGUUGGCUCCGUGCAUCAAGCCCCUGCUAUUGAAACAACCGAAGAAGAAGUACACCAAUACCAGGAAACGCUAGGAAAACUUUCUCAGGAACAGCUUCAAAUGCUUGAGACCGAACACAAUGAACUACUGAAUUUAAAGACACAAGAAUUGCAAAAAGUAGAAAACCUCGGCAAAACUAUGGUACAAAUUGCCUCACUACAGAACGAAAUAACAACACACCUACAAGCCCAAACUCAAAGUAUUUUCGGCCUCAUGGAUAAUCACGAUAACGUUGAGUUGAACAUACAACAAGGAAAUCGUCAAUUAACGAAGGCACAGCGACGCGGCGGAAAAUCCGCUCGGCUAAUAGUUUAUCUGUCAGUUCUGUUUGGGAUGUUGAUUUUGGUUUUAGAUUUCAUUAAUUGA